AUGAAGUUCAACACUGCACCGGCAGCAGCUGUCCUAUACGCAUUAAUUUUAGUGUCCUCGGCACGAGAUGUGAAGGGAAAAUGGACAUGGACUGUAUGCGGCUUACAAACAUGGUGUGGCUCUAAUGACGAUUGUCGGAGUUCGGAAGAUUGUUUAAACAAAGCAUUCGGACAUUCGCCGGAUUUGAUUUUCUGCUGGGUAAACGCGUUUCAUCCUUAUACUUGUUGGGCUUGGACGGGGCCUUCUGUUGAUGGCGGAUCGCAAACGGGAAGCUAA